AUGAUAACUGAAACCACUCUUUCUAAAUUACGCUAUCCAGACUACUGGAGAAAUUCAUUCACUUUAUGGAGUAAUGCAGAAGCUUGGGACUCCUUCUACUUCAAAAAAAAUCCGGAUACAACAAAACAAUUGUCACGAGAUGCUUUGUACGGAGAGUUGAAUAUUUUAAUUCGAGAUCUAGAAUCGGGCAGUAAAGAAAAAGAGAAAGCGAUAGCAAUGAAGAGUGAUCUAAAGUUACAGAAAUCGGCAAAAAGAAAAAACUAUCAAGACGAAAAAGAAAAUCAAUUACCAACCAAAAAGCAUAAAUCCACCAUUACCCUUUUUUGUCUGCAGAAAGAUGAUGAUCUUCUAUCCGCUUUCCCAAUCGAAAUAAAGUGCAAGGCGACCAUAGGUGAUUUAAAAGAAGCUAUCAAAGAAAAAAUUCAAGUCCCUAUCGCCAAAGAUUUAAGCCUCUGGAAAGUUGAAAUUCCAGAUGAUGAUGAGGAUAAAUUGUCGAACAUUGUGCUGGAUGACAAAGAAAGGCUUCGUCCAACAAGAAAAAUAAAUAAAUAUUUUCCGGAGGUACCUGUUGAAGACCAUAUCCAUGUCAUUAUAUCUUCAGGAAAAUCAAGCGAAGAUCAAGCACUUCAACCCUUGGAAUUGCAAAAGAUCUAUAAUGAUAUACAUGUCGAGCACCUUGUUGCCGAACUAAAAUACCGAAGCAAGGUCAUUCCAAUAAGUAGGAAUGAGGCUUCAAGAAGUUUGUUUGCUAGUGCAUUUCUUGUUGCAGCAACAAACAUUUUUCCCGGUAAAUUCGAGGUUCGACCUGAGAAAUAUGUUGCUGGGCCUAAUGGUCAUGGAUUUGUCGAUUAUGGGUUAGUCUUGUCCCAAACUUCGAAAUUGGUGGGUAUUGUGGAGGUUAAAAAAUCCAAAUCUGUGUAUAAUUCAUCUUGUAAAAUGGCUUCAUUAUAA